AUGUAUACAUCGCUGCUGAUCGCACUGAGUGUGCUGAGUGUGUUGCUGGUAUCUGCUGAGAGCAAGACCAAACCACCACCUCCACAGUAUGUUGGCCCUACUGGCAAACAGGCUCCUGCUGCGGCCAUGGCUCAGGCGUUUUCCUCAUGGUCCAGCAAGUCUCGGGUGAACAUCUGGGAGUUGAGUGGUCAGUACGAGGGAGACAUCAUGAUGGAGGGUGAUGGUGAAGGGAGGAACGCGGUGCAAGACAAGGCAAAGCUCUGGCCCGGGGCGGUGGUGCCAUACUACAUAGACACUGACGACUUUGAUAAAGAAGAUAGGAAGAUCAUUAGAGGAGCGGUGAAGAACAUAGAGUCAGAGACGUGUAUACAGUUCCGCCCCUACAAGGACGGGGAUGACGCCUACGUGGUGGUGAGGGGUGACAGGGACGGCUGCUGGUCCUACGUGGGCAGGAAGGACGGAGGACAGACACUCAACCUUAGUGAGAAGUGUGUCCGUCACGGAGUUGCUGUGCACGAGUUUCUACAUGCGCUAGGACUCCACCACCAGCAGAGCUCUCACGAUAGAGAUGACUACGUCACCAUCCACUGGGACAACAUCGAGUCUGAUCAUAAACACAACUUUGACAAGUACAACAGCAGCACUGUGACUGACCAUGGGGUGGGCUACGACUAUGAGAGCAUCAUGCACUACAGCGCCUACGCCUUCUCUCGCAACGACCAGAUGACCAUAACACCCAAGGACAAGAAGGCCAAGAUCGGACAACGGAAGACCCUCAGUGACAAAGACAUUGCUAAACUAAACACCAUGUACAACUGUCCCAAGAUUGCCAAGAAGGACGAAGAGGAUGACAGCAAUGAAAUGAACUCCAUCGUAGACUACCUCGGAUAA